GCCAUGGCGACGGGCAGCGGCCGCCGGGAGAGGCGGCGGGAUGCCCGCCGGCGUCUCCGCGGCCCCGAGCGUCGCCUCCAGCCGCUCGCGGGGCCGCGGCCGCUACCGCACCAGGGCCCGGAGCACCGAGGUGGACGAGUCGCUGUUCGGGGAGGUUCGGAACCUGCAGCGGUCACGCUCUGGCAGCCCCGUCGUGAUCCUUCGGGAUGUGCAGACGGCUCAGAAAAUGUCGUCCGCUUGUGAGCCCAAGCCUGAGACCAUCCGUCUUGUCACCAAGGACUUCAUCCGUGACCUCGUCGUCCCUGCAGAGAACCCGGCAGCAGCCCUUGUUAUCGGCUGGGAGGAUUUCCAGCGCAUUAAAGAAGCAUCUCGAGUCCUGACCAAGGAGGAGCGUGAGGCCGAGCUGGCAGCCCUCAAAGCGAAGAAGAACGCCGUUCUAGAAGCAGCCAGCGAGCGCAAGAACGCGGUGAAGCAAAGGGCCGUCCUGCAGCAGAAGAAGAGCAAGCUGAGUGACCUGGAGGAGGAAGCGCGGGACCGGGCCCAGCACCUGCUGCAGCGGGCGAACAGGAUGCGUAUGGAGCAGGAAGAUGAGAUCAAGGAGUUCAGCGAGCUGAUCCUCAGUGCCAAGUGCCACAUGAUCCGUGACACGCAGAUCUUGGAGAAGCAGCUAAUCGCAAAGGAGCUAGAGGAGGAGGAGAAACGCCUGGCCCGGAUGAUGGAGGUGGAAAGACAAAAGGCCAAUGAGAGGCAGGAGGAACUGGAACACAAGAGGAAGCAGGAGCUGAUCAGAGGGAAACAGGAGCUUGUGAAGCAGAUCGAGCAGAAUGCAGAGGAAAGGGCUAUGAGAGCUGAGCAGCGGGACCAGGAGGCUCAGGAGAUGCUGGAGUACUUGAAAAAGCUGCAGAUGGAAGACUUGAAGGACUUGGAGCAGAAACACGAGCAGCAGAGGAAAAUCCAGGCUGAGAUUAAACGUAUCAACAAUGAAAACCAGAGGCUCAAGGAGGAGCAGCUCCAGCAGGAGAAGAUGGCAGACCAGCGGGUGCUCGAGUAUCAGAGGCAGAAAAUGGCGCGGGAAGCUGAGUUUGAAGCAGAACAGGAGAGAAUCCGUCGGGAGAAGGAGAAGGAGACAGCACGCUUGAGGGCCUUGCAAGAGAGAGUCCGGGACUACCAGGCAGAGAAGGAUGCGCUGAGGGCCAAGCGCAGCCAAGAGGCAGCCGAGCGAGAGUGGCGUCAGAAGGAGAAGGAGGCAGCCCGGAGGAAGGCAGAGACGGACGACAUGCUGAAGCAGAGCCGCCUGGAGCAGAUUGCCGCGCGGGAGCACAGCGUGGCCGUGCAGGUGCAGCAGGACCGCGACGAUUUCGAGAGGAUCCUCAGAGCCCAGCGGGAGCAGAUCGAGAAGGAGAAGGCGGAGGAGGCGCAGAGGGCGGCUCAGCAGCUCGCCCAUGCCAAUGAAGUCCGGCGCCAGAUGCGGGAGCAUCAGCAGAAGCUGGUACAAGAGCGGGUCACUGCCUUCGCGGAGGGCCAGCGGCUGCAGGAAGAGGCCCGCCAGCGCAGUGAGCGCCUCACCGAGCUCAAGCGGCAGAAGAUGCAGGAGCUCAGAGCCUCUGGCAUCCCGGAGAAGUACUGUGCCCAGGUGGAGCGGAAGGCUUUGAGCGGAGCAAGUGCAGCCCCUGGCCUGCCUCAGCCGUGCAAGGAACCGAGCACUGUUUCCCCAGCAACUUAGAAGUUUCUAUUUUCUUAGAUUGAAGUUUUAUAAAUGGAGAUAUUUAUGGAA